UGUUGGGGGCGGGGAGGAAUGUUACUAGGAACGCGAAAUGCCAGCGCCGCGUAGCUUCUCCCCCCGCCCCUCCCAGGGCGCAGCAACUGAGAGAUGAGGUAUGCGUUUCUUUGGUAAUUUUCUUGACCCGGAAGAAAAACGGUGAGAGACUUCCGUCCGACUUGUGCACGCUGUCCAUGUGUGAGCUGCUUGAGUUGUGGAGCCGGUGCUAGGGCACCUCAGGCGGCGAUGAAGUUCGCUUACAAGUUCUCCAACUUGCUGGGCACAGUCUACAGACAUGGAAACCUAAAUUUCAUGCCAGAUGGGAACUCUCUGAUUAGUCCUGUGGGAAAUAGAAUUACUGUUUUUGACUUGAAAAAUAACAAGUCUGAAACAUUACCAUUGGCAACGCAGUACAAUGUCACAUGUGUGGGACUCUCUCCAGAUGGAAAUCUUGGUAUACUAGUUGAUGAAGAGGGAGCUGCCUUACUUGUCAGCUUGAUCAGUAAAUCUGUGAUCCAUCGGUUCCAUUUUCAGAAACCUGUGCACAGUGUCUGCUUUUCCCCAAAUGGAAAGAAGUUUGUGGUCACAAAGGACAAGGUUGCUCUGAUGUAUCAUGCUCCAGGGAAAAAGCGAGAAUUUAAUGCUUUUGUCCUUGACACAACAUAUUAUGGUGCAUAUGAUGAAACAACAUGCAUUGAUUGGACCGAUGAUUCCAAAUGCUUUGCAGUGGGCAGCAAGGAUAUGUCUACAUGGGUCUUUGGAGCACAGCGAUGGGCCAAUCUGAUUUAUUAUGCGCUGGGAGGUCAUAAGGAUGCAAUUGUUGCCUGUUUUUUUGAAGGAAACAGUCUGGAUCUGUACACUGUAAGCAGAGAUGGGGCUUUGUGUGUCUGGCAGUGUGAUACAGAGCUAGUUGGUUUGAAACUUAGACCACCAAAAGAACAGAUUGAAGAUGUCGCAAAAUUGGCAGAAGACCUAGAUGAAGAGUUGACAGAAGCACAGAAGGGCAAAGAGGUCCAUGGGAAAGCCAGUAAAAAUAAAAAAGAGAUUGGAAAGAAAGUAAAAUACUCAUGUACUGCCAAAUACUUUUUCAACAAAGAAGGAGAUUUUAACACCCUGACAGCUGCAGCGUACCACAAGAAAAUCCACCUGUUAGUCACUGGUUUUGCUUCUGGAAUAUUUCACCUCCAUGAGCUUCCAGAGUUCAAUCUCAUCCAUUCUUUAAGCAUUUCAGACCAGAGAAUUGCCUCUAUUUCUGUCAACAGCACUGGUGACUGGAUUGCCUUUGGAUGUGCAGGCCUGGGACAGCUGCUGGUAUGGGAAUGGCAAAGCGAGUCCUAUGUACUAAAACAGCAAGGUCAUUUCAACAGUAUGGUUUCUCUUGCAUAUUCUCCAGAUGGGCAGUACUUAGUCACUGGUGGAGAUGAUGGAAAAGUGAAGGUGUGGAACACCAGCAGUGGUUUCUGCUUUGUUACCUUUACAGAACAUACUAGCAGUAUAUCUGCUGUAACAUUUACCACCUCAGGCUAUGUAAUUUUGACUGCUUCCCUGGAUGGAACAGUGCGAGCUUUUGAUCUGCACAGAUACCGCAAUUUUCGCACCUUCACUUCCCCGCGACCAACACAAUUCUCUUGCUUAGCUGUAGACUCCAGUGGCGAGAUUGUUUCAGCUGGUUCUCAGGACUCUUUUGAAGUAUUUGUAUGGUCUGUGCAGAGUGGACGACUCUUAGAUGUCUUAGCUGGCCAUGAAGGCCCCAUCAGUAGCCUGUGUUUUAAUCCAAUGAAGUGUAUCCUAGCAAGUGCCUCUUGGGAUAAGACUGUCAGAUUGUGGGAUAUGCUGGAUAGCUGGAGGACCAAGGAAACCCUGGCACUAAACUCAGUUGUGCAUUCUGUUGCUUUUCGUCCAGAUGGCAAUGAACUUGCAAUUGCUUGCCUGGAUGGACAGAUCACUUUCUGGGAUCAUGAAAAUGCUGUGCAGACUGGAUCAAUUGUGGGGCGACAUGACCUUCAGAUGGGGAGAAAAGAACUGGACAAAAUAACAGCCAAACAAGCUGCUAAGGGGAAAUCUUUUACUACUUUGUGUUACUCAGCUGAUGGGCAGUGUAUUCUGGCAGGGGGACAGUCAAAGUAUGUUUGCAUUUAUCAUGUCAAGGAACAGAUUCUCAUUAAGAAAUUUGAAAUAUCUUGCAAUCUUUCCUUAGAUGCAAUGGAGGAGUACUUGGAUCGGAGAAAAAUGACUGAAUUCGGCAGCAUGGCGUUAAUAGAUGAAGGAACAGGGGAUGAUGAUAAUGUUGCCGUCCCACUUCCAGGAGUUAAAAGAGGUGACAUGAGUUCUCGGUACUUUAAACCAGAGAUAAGAGUGACCUGCCUCCACUUCUCUCCUACUGGACGAAGCUGGGCAGCAACAACCACAGAAGGCCUUCUUAUCUACUGUUUGGACUCUAGUCUGGUUUUUGAUCCAUAUGAUCUAGAAAUUGACAUCACCCCUAGCAAUAUUCGUAAAGUACUAUUUCAGAAGGAAUACACCAAGGCUAUUGUCAUGUCUUUUCGACUUAAUGAGAAGAAACUGAUUCAAGAGGUCUUGGAAACUGUGCCAUACAAUGAAAUUGAUGUAAUCUGCUCAUUGCUCCCAGAAGUAUACAUAGAAAAGAUGCUAGAAUUUUUAGCCUCUUUGUUUGAGACUUCUUGUCAUUUGGAAUUCUAUCUCAUCUGGACUCAGAGGUUGCUCAUGCUACAUGGUUGCAAGUUAAAAACAAGGUCAGAGAAACUGCUGCCUACCAUUCAGUUCCUUCAGAAGAGCAUUCAGCGUCACUUUGAAGAUGUUUCCAAACUUUGUGACUGGAAUUGUUAUAAUAUGAAAUACAUUCUGGCCAUUUCACAACAACGGGGAAUUAAACGUGCUGCAGAAGCAUCUGAAAACAAUGAAGAUUUGGAAAACUCCACUAAUGACUCUGUCAUGGAAGAAUCAGCUAUGCUUCUAUGAAAAACGUUUAUUUUAUUAGCUUUUGAGAAUACUUUUUCAUUCAGAAAUAAUGUUAACAGUGGUUUACAUUACAUUUCCUGAGAACUGAACAGCUCUCAUAGUGGCUUAUUUUGUACAGGUGAUCUGAAUGAUGCAGCAACACAAUUGGGAGUAAGCAGGCAAUCCCUUUUUGUUCAAAUUAUGAUCUUUGUCCUCUUUUUCUAAAUUAAAGUAACUUCUUAACGUUGUUAAAUUUCAAAGAAGACAAUACUGUCAAACAAUUUAGAUUCCAAAGCGUGAGUGGGUCAGGAUCUAUCUGCCACCAGCUGGCUUCUAUUCCUGCAAAAAGAUUUUUAAGUUUCCUCCUUGCAGUAGUAGCCCCUUCAAAGUUGGGAGGAUCCUUCAGAAUAGCACCCUGCAAGAUACAUGGGAUGCCAUUGGAAGGAAAUAUAGCCCCCCCUGGGAUGCAUGGAAUCAACUUAUUACUACUCAUAUUGGAUUGGUAGGGGGUGGAUCCCAGCCACGGCUUUUUCCUUGGUUUUAGACUAUACAUGGAAAAGUACAGCAGUCCGAUUGCAAAUUGCCCAAAUGACCCUUGGUAUGAUCGCAUUGAUAUAAAAUUAAACUAUUAGUCAUUUAUAGGGAAAGAUAAAUAGUAGGAGCAAUGGGAUCAACUGAAUGAGUAUCUAGGUAAAUAUAUCUUACAAAUGAAGCAAGGGCUCAUAUGUGUUCAUAAUCACUAUGGUUGAUAUCUUAUUCCAAAUAUUCAAAACCCAUAAGUAUGCACAAAUAUCAACAUGAAAAUUUUGUAAAGCAUGUUCAUAGCUUCACAGAUUCUCUGGAGUGCAUUAUGGCAUGUAAUCACCUUUGACAAGUACUACAAAGAUUCUCCUGACUCCAGUGUGUAAUAGUGUGGUCUUACUGCAUUAAAUCAACAAAUGUGCAGCUGUUAUUGUGCUAAUAUUGUAGCCUAAAUGGGAAUCAUGAAAGUGAUUCCAUCUCUCAUUAACAGUAGCAAUAUUUUAGUACCACAGGAGGAAGAGAAGUUAUUUCCAAAUGGCAUGUUGGGAUUACUAGUUGGUUGCCAAGAUUUCACACAGUGUGUUAACUUGGUGUAGUGUGAUGGGGCAUUUGUUUUUAUAGAUUUCUCUGACAUUCUUCACUUACACUUCCAUGGGUGGCUUGCAGUGCAGAAAGAAAAAACAAUAAUGAUCACACCAAACAGCUGAUCAAAAUAGCAGCAUUAAAAAUUAAUGCAUGUUAAACCUUUAGUAGGUGUUAAGCCAUGGGCAGGUUGAUGUGAGCAGAGUUGUUCCUUUAGCAACUUGGCUCUUAAUCACAUAUAGCACAUUAAAUAUAGGCACCAGCGUUUUGAAUUGUGCUUUGAAACUGGUGAAUUGGAUGAGCACUGAAGCAUCUGAAUCACUUGAAAGUGAUUGUAUAAAUUAUUCCACCAUGGCAUGCCUAUAUCAUGCCUAUGAGUUUGGCUGUAGUAUGAUGGAGUAACUGGGACAACUGUGUGGGGUACAGAUUCAAUGCUUGGUAGUCCACAUCACAUGCUUGAAAAGGAUCUUACGAAUUAGACUUCAAUUGAAUGGAAGAGCAAAGGAGUUUUUGAGUUUUGAGCCUGCUGUACCGAAAUGAGACUCUUGGCCCUCAAGACAUUGUUGGAAUGCAUUUUUCAGAAAAUAAAUUACAACUUGAUACUGA